AAGAAAUCAACAUGGUGUUAAAGAAAGUAGAUAACCGAAUCAGGGUUCUCAUCGAGAAUGGCGUCCAAACAAGGCACAGAUCCUUGUUCGUGGUCGUUGGAGAUAAAGGAAAAGACCAGGUUGUGAUCUUGCACCACAUGCUUUCCAAAGCUGCUGUCAGAGCCAGACCAUCAGUGCUUUGGUGCUAUAAGAAAGAACUAGGAUUCAGUAGCCAUCGUAAGAAAAGGAUGAAACAGUUGCAGAAAAAAAUCAAAAGUGGUACACUUAAUGUGAAAGAGGAUGACCCUUUUGAACUGUUCAUCUCGGCAACCAAUAUUCGUUACUGCUACUACAAUGAAACACACAAGAUCCUCGGCAACACUUACGGGAUGUGUGUGCUACAAGAUUUUGAGGCACUCACACCCAACCUUCUGGCUCGUACCAUUGAAACAGUAGAAGGAGGAGGAAUCGUGGUGAUUUUGCUAAGAACUGUGUCAUCUUUAAGGCAAUUGUACACCAUGUCCAUGGAUGUUCACAGUCGAUACAGAACUGAAGCUCAUCAAGAUAUAGUAGGCAGAUUCAAUGAAAGAUUUAUACUUUCACUGACCUCCUGUAAAGAGUGUCUUGUGAUUGACGAUCAGUUGAAUAUCCUGCCUUUAUCAUCACAUAUGCUCAGUAUUACUGCAAUACCACCAAAAACAAAGGAAGAAUCCAUGUCCCCAAACGAUAUUGAACUGAAACACUUGAAGGAGUCUCUUCAGGACACACAGCCUGUUGGGGCACUUGUCAACUGCUGCAAGACUCUUGACCAAGCAAAAGCUUUAUUAAAAUUUAUUGAAGCCAUCUCUGAGAAAACACUGAGAACAACCGUCUCUCUUACUGCUGCUCGUGGCAGAGGAAAAUCAGCUGCUCUGGGACUAGCAUUAGCUUCUGCCAUUGCAUUUGGGUAUUCUAACUUAUUCGUAACCUCACCAAGCCCUGAGAACUUGCACACGUUAUUUGAGUUUGUGUUUAAAGGAUUUGAUGCCUUGGAUUACCAGGAACACAUAGAUUACGAGCUUGUACAGUCCACCAACCCUGAAUUCAAUAAAGCCGUUGUUCGUGUGAAUAUCUUCAGAGAACACCGACAGACAAUACAGUAUAUCCAUCCCUCAGAUGCACAGAAGCUUGGCCAAGCUGAGCUUGUUUGUAUUGAUGAAGCAGCAGCUAUACCUUUACCUCUAGUAAAGAGCCUCCUUGGCCCAUAUCUGGUGUUCAUGUCAUCUACAAUUAAUGGAUACGAAGGAACAGGUAGAUCAUUGUCCCUUAAACUGAUAAACCAACUUCGUCAACAAAGUGUCCAGCAAGGAAUAACAGCAACCAAAUCAGACUCCACCACCACCCCCAUGGGAAGGGUUUUGCAUGAAGUGGCCUUGAAUGAAUCUAUUCGAUAUGCUGCUGGCGAUGAAGUAGAAAAGUGGUUGAAUAGCCUGUUGUGUUUGGACGCUACUCUUGCACCAUGUAUUAGUGCCGGGUGCCCUGUGCCUGAUAGCUGUGAGCUAUACUAUGUCAAUAGAGACACACUCUUCUCGUACCAUAGAGCAUCUGAGGUGUUCCUACAGCGACUGAUGGCUUUGUAUGUUGCAUCACACUACAAGAAUACACCAAAUGAUCUUCAGCUGUUGUCCGAUGCACCUGCUCAUCACAUCUUCUGUCUUCUUGGUCCUGUUGAUCCUUCAACUAAAACACUGCCUGAAGUUUACUGUGUACUACAGGUUGCGCUUGAAGGAGAAAUAUCCAAGUCGACCAUCAUGAACAGCUUAUCUCGUGGCAAAAGAGCUUCAGGUGACCUCAUUCCCUGGACAGUCUCACAACAGUUUAAUGACCAUGAGUUUGCCAGCUUGUCCGGUGGACGAGUUGUACGGAUAGCAACACAUCCUGACUUCCAAGGGAUGGGUUAUGGAAAACGUGCAUUACAACAACUUAUUCAUUAUUAUGAAGGAAAGAUCCCAAACCUGUCAGAAAAUGGUCAUGAUAAUACCAAAGAAAUAGCUGUGAAGGACGAUGAGGAUGUUGGCCUAAUGAAAGAGUCAAUCAGUCCACGAGAAAAUCUUCCACCAUUGCUCUUAAAAUUAAGCGAGCGAACAGCAGAAAGACUAGAUUACGUUGGAGUAUCGUAUGGCUUAACCUCUAACUUACUCAGGUUUUGGAAGAGGAGUGGCUUUGUUCCAGUGUAUUUGAGGCAGACACCUAAUGAUCUGACAGGGGAGCAUUCUUGUAUUAUGCUGCGCAUGCUCAAUGAGAGUGAAGUAGAUUCUAGUGAAGACUGGUUGCGUGCCUACUGGACUGAUUUUCGUCGCCGUUUUCUAUCUCUUUUGUCCUACCAGUUUCAUGUGUUUGACUCAUCGCUGGCUCUCAGUAUUUUACAACAUAAAUCAAUGAAAGCUAACAAAAAAGUGAUCUCCAAAUCUGAGCUGGAGCAUUCUUUAACAAAGUAUGACAUCAAACGCUUGGAUCUUUACUCCAAGAACAUGGUUGACCAUCACUUGGUGACCGAUCUUAUGCCUGCUAAUGCCAGACUCUUUUUCCUGGAUAAAUUAGACUUUUCUCUUUCUGCUGUACAAUCGGCAAUUCUUCUCGGCAUUGGCUUGCAACACAAGUCUUUUGAAGAUCUUGAGAAAGAACUUGACCUUCCAGCUAGUCAACUUCUUGGCCUUUUCAACAGAAUUGCCAGAAAACUUGUCCAGUGUUAUAAUACUGUUCUUGAAUCUGCAAUUGAAAAUGAAAUCGUAAAACAAAAGGAAGUGAAUAUGGAACCUCUGGCCAAGACCCUCAACCAAGACUUGGAUGAAGCGGCUAUAGAAAUGGAGGCCAAGCAAAAGAAGGAGCUUGAACGAAUCAAAGAGCUUGAUUUGUCAGAGUAUGCUAUUUCUGGGAAGGAUGAAGAAUGGAGUACUGCUCUUGGAGGGAAAGAGAAACAGCAUACAAUUGUUAGCAUUCCAAGCAGCAAGAGAAAGACCAAGCCCGAAGAAGAGACAAAAUCAGCUAAGAAACAGAAGAAAUCUAAGAAACACCACAAAAAGACCAAAUGAAGUUCGAAAUCUUGACUUCAUUCCAUUCCAGAAUAAAGAGAAAUUAAGCCUGUAGGAUGUGAUAAUUUAAUCUACUUUUGACAGUUUUUAUUCCCAAUCUCUGUUUGUGUGACAUGAAUCAUAAACAAUCUUUUAAUGUUACAAGAAAGCAAAAAGAUAAACAUCAAGGAAAUGACAACCAAGUUUUGGCCAUCUUAAAAAAAGUUUCAAAAGGAAAUAAUAUGAUCCUACAAUAGAUCUGAUGUGAAAUCUUUUAACAAAAUAUAUUUGGGAGUGCAACACAGUGUAUGUACCUCAGGGAGCCCAAAAGCAAUAGCAUUUUCUCUUGUAGAAACGGAAAUAAAUGCUUUGCAGACAUAUUAUUGCUUGGUAAAGGAGCAUUAUUGUUGAGUAAAAUCCUUGGUGUUUGUAAAAUUCACCUAAAUUUA